GAAGUUUUCACCCAUCGUUAUCUACCGAUACUAAACACUUCAUGUCAUGAGUCCCGGUUCCUUCUCUUGCGGUUGAGGGCAAUAUUCCUGUUCUCCAGUCACUAUAGCUAUGUUGUCACAGUCUUAACUCCCUGUUCUUGGAGGCUUAACGUGUGCACUAGAGAAAAAAAUCCAUUCCAAAAGUUGCUGGGUUAAUGGGUGUACGUGAAUAUCGUUCAUUAAAACAGUGUCAGAUUCCGAUAACUGAUGACAGGAAGUCAUGAGAACAAUUUCUCUUGUAGCGUGGAAGAAAAGGUGUUCUUUGAAUCUCUUAGUAUCUGACUAUUCCCUAAUGGUCCCACACGGUCAAUCCUCAUAUGUUCGGUUAGAGAAGCUCCGUGAAUUUGAUAUCGCUAGGUGGGUAUCUCUCCCGCAAACCGUGAAUAUCGAUACCUUCGUCAUUGAAAGCAGGCCAGCUUUCUGGAUGAAAGAAUGUGUUUCAUUUCUCAGACUCACGGUUACUGCUAUCUUUGACAGAUUAAAAGCGAAAGAUCGUUAUGACUUCUCUGAAACUGGCACAAGUCCACCCUCUUUCCGUGAGCAUCGAUUCUUGAUUAGAAUAUACGUGCAAAAAGUCAAACCAUGGGUGACGAACUUCCCAACGUCAUUCAGUGGCAAGUUGCAACAACGUGGUUCUAUUUCCCAUGCUUUCGAGGAUAUCGGACCCAUGUUGAACGGCUGGAAAGUGCCAUCGAUGAUGCUGAUAGCUCGAACUACGCCAUAUACCAAUACUGCCCCUUCCUUUCCCCUUUCUCAUGGGGUGUCCUCAUUUUUGUCCAUCACCCAGUCGACUCCGACAUGCCUACUACUUUGGCCAUUGCUCGUGACGAGCUGGUCAGGCUCCGAGAGGUUGCCAAAUACCAUGAAGAAAUGGAUACUUGGUCGAACUAUGAGCCGAGUCGUCGCCCGAGUUCCAGAUAAGACAUCGAACAUGAGACCAUCUGGACUCGGAAAGCAUGAACAAGCUGAAUAA